AUGAGUCUGGUAGGGGGCUUCCCCCACCACCCGGUGGUGCACCAUGAAGGCUAUCCGUUCGCCGCCGCCGCCGCUGCCGCCGCCGCCGCCGCCGCCAGCCGCUGCAGCCACGAGGAGAACCCCUACUUCCACGGCUGGCUCAUCGGCCACCCCGAGAUGUCGCCCCCCGACUACAGCAUGGCCCUGUCCUACAGCCCCGAGUACGCCAGCGGCGCCGCCGGCCUGGACCACUCCCAUUACGGGGGGGUGCCGCCGGGCGCCGGGCCCCCGGGCCUGGGGGGGCCGCGCCCGGUAAAGCGCCGGGGCACGGCCAACCGCAAGGAGCGGCGCAGGACUCAGAGCAUCAACAGCGCCUUCGCCGAACUGCGCGAGUGCAUCCCCAACGUGCCCGCGGACACCAAACUCUCCAAGAUCAAGACGCUGCGCCUGGCCACCAGCUACAUCGCCUACCUCAUGGACCUGCUGGCCAAGGACGACCAGAACGGCGAGGCGGAGGCCUUCAAGGCGGAGAUCAAGAAGACAGAUGUGAAAGAAGAGAAGAGGAAGAAGGAGCUGAACGAAAUCUUGAAAAGCACAGUGAGCAGCAACGACAAGAAAACCAAAGGCCGGACGGGCUGGCCGCAGCACGUCUGGGCCCUGGAGCUCAAACAGUGAGGAGGAGGAGGAGGAGAGAGCGCGAGUGAGCCGGGGCCCAGGAGCCGGAUGCAGACUCAGGACUCCGGGCAAGCUCUCUGCGCUCCGCUCUGAGGACUUCUUGCAUUU